AUGGAGUUCUUAUCAAAAGUGGAUGAGUCAUUUCCUACACCUCCACCUUACUUCUUACCAGAUGAAAGUCAGACAGGGCAAGAUGUGCGGAUCUACCACAUCCACUCACCUUUCAGCCCUCCACGACCUCCUCCUUCCUUCUUUUCUCCAGGAAAUGGCUGCUCCACUCAAACUCACUCACCUCUACCAGCAUCUGCUCUCCCCGCAUCUAACCCAAGGCUGAAGUUUGUGAGCUAUGAGACUGAAUUGUAUCACUCUCCGGCCCUGACAACAUGCCCUUCCUGUCAGACUCAGGUCACUACACAGGUCGACUACCAAGUCGGGAGGCAUGCGUGGCUCAUGUGUCUUGUGUUUGUGCUAUGCGGGUUGGUGUUUGGAUGUUGCCUGAUUCCAUUUUUUGUGAAGCACUUCAAGGAUGCCUAUCACACCUGUCCCCGCUGUCGACGGGUUCUCCAUGUACACAGGAGGACAUGCUGUGAAUGA